CAGUUACCGGGAACAGCUAUAUGUCCGAUAGUAUGUGCGUGCAAGGUGCGUGGACCUGACUCACCGAGAGAAUACUGCAUUCUGGGUGCCCGCAUGUCACGUGAUCUUUCGUCAUUGUGGGAAGUUCGUCGCCAUUUUGUAUGGUCUUGAAAAGCUCUGCGAACGGAUUAGGUGACAUUUGGGAGGUACUUCUCCCUAAAUUGUGACUUUAAGGAUGUCGUCUCAGAAGAUGCAAAAAGCCAUUGAGCUUGUGACAAAAGCAACAGAGGAAGACAAAAAUAAAAAUUAUGAUGAAGCCCUGAGAUUAUACGAACAUGGAGUGGAAUAUUUUCUGCAUUGUAUAAAAUAUGAAGCAGCUGGUGAGAAAGCCAAGGAAAGCAUCAGAGCUAAAUGUGUACAGUAUCUAGAAAGAGCUGAACAGUUGAAAGCAUAUUUGAAGAAGAAAGAAGGCAAAGACAACAAAAAGAAACCAAUGAAAAGUUCUGAAGGCAAUAAAGGGAAAGAUGACAGCUCUGAUAGUGACUCUGAGAAUCCAGAAACCAAGAAACUUCAGGAACAGUUACAGAGUGCUAUUAUAAUGGAGAGACCUAAUGUGAAAUGGGAGGAUGUAGCUGGCUUAGAAUCGGCCAAAGAAGCUCUCAAAGAAGCUGUUAUUUUACCCAUCAAGUUUCCCCACCUUUUCUCUGGUAAUAGGAAACCAUGGCGAGGUAUUCUCUUAUUUGGGCCUCCUGGUACUGGUAAAUCCUACUUAGCCAAAGCUGUAGCAACCGAGGCAGAUAACUCUACAUUCUUUGCUGUGUCUUCAUCAGAUCUUAUGUCCAAAUGGCUAGGAGAGAGUGAAAAGUUAGUCAAGAAUCUGUUUCAGUUGGCACGUGAAAAACAACCAUCCAUUGUCUUCAUUGAUGAGGUAGAUUCCUUGACCAGCUCCCGAAGUGAAAAUGAGAGCGAGGCUGCUCGGCGUAUUAAAACAGAAUUUCUCGUACAAAUGCAAGGUGUUGGAAGUGAAAAAGACAGAGUACUUGUGUUAGGUGCCACUAAUAUUCCGUGGGUUUUAGAUGCUGCUAUUAGAAGAAGAUUUGAAAAACGAAUAUACAUACCGCUACCAGAGCAGCAUGCUAGGACAGAGAUGUUUAAACUUCACAUGGGAACAACGCCCUGCUCUCUGACUGAUAAUGAUUACACACACUUGGGUCAAAAGGCAGAUGGUUACUCUGGGGCAGACAUCAGUAUAGUUGUCAGGGAUGCAUUGAUGCAACCAGUCAGAAAAGUGCAAUCAGCCACACAUUUUAGAAGGGUUCGUGGACCCUCUCGUAAGGACCCCAAUCUAAUUGUAGAUGAUUUAUUAGAGCCAUGUUCACCUGGUAUGCCUGGUGCAGUGGAAAUGACAUGGAUGGAGGUGCCUGGUGACAAACUCUUAGAACCUGUUGUUAGUAUGAAUGACGUACUGAAAUCACUUGCAAACACAAAACCCACAGUGAAUGAUGCUGAUUUACAUAAACUAAAGAAAUUCACAGAUGACUUUGGACAAGAAGGAUGAGAAAAAACAAAUUCUUGUAAAAAGACAAUCUCUUGUACAUAACAUAUUCUAAAUGAUCAUGGGAGAAACCAUUCAGCUUAAGGGAUGCUAUAAUAUGUCACCCAGAGAGGGGCUGAUCCGCUUGUUUUCUCCACUGAUGAUAUUUAUGUAUUAACAAAUUAGUAGAGUAAUAAUAGUAAAAUAAAUUUUGCAUAGCAUUUUAUUUUGAA